GCCCCAUGCCAGUAGCAUGGCUCAAUACUCUACGCAGCCCGGAGUGUCUGCCACGCAAAGCUGAAGAGGGAGAUCGAGAGAGAGAGAGAGGGAGAAAAGAAAAAAGGUAGAAAAUCCAGGCUGUUAGAAAACUUUUUUUGAGAUAACUAGAGUGCAAGUUAAAUAUUUUAAAAUCUGCGAAGUUUUUUGCUUUUGGCUCGACUGCUCAACGCAGCAAGAACUUAAAAAACAAGGCAAAAAAAUGCCUAGACCGCCGUGCUGAAACGUUUGGAAGCAAGGACUGGUCAUAGGUCUCCAUCCUGUACCAUAUGUGCAUCUCUGCUCGCCUUUCCCGGGUCAACAGAAGGCAUUAAACAGAUCUCUAGACGACCACAAACAGACUGCGAACGGGUGGCCGUCCAUCUGAAGUGAUCUGAGGCUGAUUUACACCACUCCAGGAAAGAGGACAAAAUAAACUUCAGGAUGGCGGAGGGCGAAGACACGCGGGAGGUGCUUUUCCCAAACUGGAUGGGUGCCGAUGAGCAAGGUCUAACCAUCGAGCGGACAGGCCAGGGCGAGAUCUUAGUCAAAGAGGUGAAAGUGGAGUCUGCAGCAGCACGAACAGGAAGAGUGUAUGAAGGGGACCAGAUUGUGGGUGCCACCAUCUACUUCGACAAUAUGAGUUCAGACGAAGCAGCUGAAUUGCUGAAAACCCUGAAUCGGCACAAAGUUGGACUAAAACUACAGAAUCGUCCUGGGGAGAAGUCGCCGUGCCGGUCUCCUGUGGGCACCUUAAGCUGGGAAGGAAGAGGGCGGAUUGGCAGUUCUAGUCCAGACGUUAUUCUGAGUGGGGAUGAUGAGGAUUACAGAAGAAUUUACACCAAGAAGAUAAAGCCCCGGUUAAAGUCAGAGGAUCUGGCAGAGGAAGUGGAUGUACGAACAGAGCGCCAUAGCAGUACCAGCAGUGAUGGCAACACAAUCACUACCAUCACACGGCGAAUUACAACAUACACUGUGGAUGUACCUGGAGAGGCUUCCCAGCAAGAAAUUGACCUCUCUAGCCCAGAGUUUAAAAUUAAAGUUCCUCGACAUGACCAACCAGGAGAUGAUGGUAGCUACACCACUCAUGUCUUGGGACCUCAGAUCAGCUUUGGAGCAUCUGGUUCCUCAGAAAAGAAAUGGACCAUGGGGAGUGUGAAAACCACAGGUGAAAUCAGGGAAGGAGAAAGAGAAGAGGUGAGAUUUAAGGUGCCUGGCUUUGGCAUUUCAGGGUCACGAGAGGAAUUUAGUGUUUCUGGGCAGAGGCUGGUGGGAGAUAGCAGCAUCAGUGCACCAGGUAUUAACAUAGAAAAAGGUGUAUCGGCUUCAGAUGAGGAAUUGAGAGGGCGAGUCAAGGUAUCGUCUUUCGGGAUAACAGGUCAGAGUACUGAAGGAAAAUUGAACACUGACAUGACUGGGUCGAUAAUAAAAGGAAUGAAAACUCAGACAAUUGACAUUAAUGUUCCUGAUAUUGAUAGGCAAAGUGAUAAGGUUGGAAUCAAAUUGCCUGCAUUUGGGUUCAAAAGUCGUGACGUAGCAACAAGUGGAAUUAUAGAUACUAAAGGGUCAAAAGGUGAAAUCGGCUUACAGUCAUUUUCUGGGAAAGGUACUGAAACUGCUGGUCUUGGAUUUGAUGUAAAGGGGCCAAACAUUGACAUAACUCCACAGCCAAAAGGAGACAUCACAACUGCAAAAAUAGACAUCAAGGCAAAGGAUAUAAAAAGUAGCAAAGGAGAUGUUAAUAUCAAAAUACCAGGAAUGGGAAUGAAGAUAACCAGCCCAGAAAUAAAAGAACCAAAAAUGACUGGUGUUCUAGAUUUCACCAGAGCUGACAUAAACACCAACAGCAGAGCUGAUAUAAAAGGUCCACAUUUAGAUAUUCUGCAGCAAGAGAGCACUGUCAGAAUCCCUUCCAUAUCAGGAAGUACAAUAUCUACGAUAGGUGCAGAUGCUUGCCUGAAAGGGCAGACCUUAAAAAAAGAUACAGAAAUGUCAAUAUCGCAAAUUGAAGGUGGAAUCAGACUGCCAAAUGUGGGAGCUCCUGAACUCAAUGUUAACGUGCCCGAUAGUAAUUUCAAAGAAACUAAAAUGAAAAUCUCAGCACCAUCCGUAAGUCUUUUCAAAGCUGAGGCCGACCAUAAAGGUUCUAAACUUGACAUUGAAGAUCAUGAAUUUCAUGUUAAGGGACCCGAUGGACAAAUAGAGGGGCCUAAAAUCAAGAUGCCGUUUAUUUAUGGGCAGAAGUCAUCAAUGCCAGAUGUGGACAUCAGUGUUAAAGGGAGACAGGUGAAAGGAGAGAUCAGUGGGUCUGUACCAAAGGUGGAAGGUGGGAUAAGAGAACAACAUGUUAAAGUUGAAGGUAUGGAUGUCAAGAUUGAGGGAUCUGAGGGUGGAAUUAAAAUGCCCAAGAUGAAAGUGCCUUCUUUUGGGAUGAAAGAGUUCAAUGAGGGGGGCUCUUCAAUAGAUAUGAAUGUCCCUGGAGUUGAUAUAGAUAUUGGACGGCCUAAGAUUGACCUUAAAGGCUCAAAAUUUGGCAUUGAAGGAUAUGAUGGAAAAAUCACAAUGCCAACAAUUUCUGGGCCAAAAGUUUCAAUGCCAGAUAUGGACCUCACCUUGAAAGGGCCAAAACUGAAAGGUGAUAUGGAUGUGUCGGUACCAAAAGUGGAAUGUGACAUCAAAGCACCAAAAGUUGACAUUGAAGGUCCAGAUGUCGAAAUGGAAGGACCUGGAGGUGGAUUCAAGAUGCCGAAGAUGAAAAUGCACAAAUUUGACCUUAAAGGACCCAAAGUAGAGGGUCCUGAUGUUGAUGUGAAUCUUCCCAAAGGCAACAUUGAUGUAAAAGCACCUAAAAUUGACAUUGAAGGUCCUGACGUCGAUAUUGAACGACCAGAUGGAAAAAUAAAAGGGUCAACAUUCAAGAUGCCAAGCAUUUCUGGACCAAAGAUUUCAAUGCCAGAUGUGGACUGGAACCUAAAAGGAUCAAAGCUGAAAGGAGAUAUGGAUGUGUCAGUAGCAAAGGUGGAAGGUGAUAUCAGAGCCCCAAAGGUUGACAUAGAGGGCCCAGAUGUUCAGGUGGAGGGACCUGAAGGUGGAUUCAAGAUGCCCAAGAUUCAUAUGCCCAAAUUUGGAUUUAAAGGACCCAAAGUAGAGGGUCCUGAUGUUGAUGUGAAUCUAGCCAAAGCUGAUGUAGAUAUUAAAGGUCCUGAAGUAGAUAUUGAAGGACCUCAUGGCAAAGUCAAGGGGCCAAAAUUCACGAUACCGACCAUUUCUGGGCCAAAGAUUUCAAUGCCAGACAUGGACUUGAACCUGAAAGGGCCGAAACUGAAAGGUGACAUGGACGUGUCGGUAACCAAAUUGGAAGGUGACAUCAAAGCACCCAAAGUUGACAUUGAGGGGCCAGAUGUUCAGAUGGAAGGCCCAGAAGGUGGAUUCAAGAUGCCCAAGAUUCACAUGCCCAAAUUUGGCUUUAAAGGACCCAAAGUGGAGGGUCCUGGUGUUGAUGUGAACUUACCAAAAGCUGACUUUGACAUUAAAGGGCAUAAAGUUGAUAUAGAAGGUCCAGAAUUUGAUGUUGAGGGUCCUGAUGGAAAAAUCAAGGGACCUAAAUUAAAAAUGCCAGCAAUUUCUGGCCCAAAGAUUUCAAUGCCAGAUGUGGACUUCAACCUGAAAGGGCCGAAACUGAAAGGAGACAUGGAUGUGUCAGUACCAAAAGUGCAAGGUGAUAUCAAAGCACCAAAAGCUGACAUUGAAGGCCCAGAUGUUGACAUUGAAGGGCCAGAAGGUGGAUUCAAGAUGCCAAAGAUUAAAAUGCCCAAGUUUGGCCUAAAAGGUCCUAAAUUAGAGGGUCCGGAUGUUGACGUGAAUCUUCCCAAAGCCAAUGUUGAUAUUAAAGGUCCUGAAAUUGAUAUUGAAGGACCUGAUGGCAAAAUCAAGGGCCCGAAAUUCGCGAUACCGACCAUUUCUGGGCCAAAGAUUUCAAUGCCAGAUGUGGACUUCAACCUGAAAGGGCCGAAACUGAAAGGAGACAUGGAUGUGUCAGUACCAAAAGUGGAAGGUGAUAUCAAAGCACCAAAAGUUGACAUUGAAGUGCCGAGUGCAAGCAUGGAGGGACCUGAACUUGAUGUUCGGGGUCCUGAUGGCAAAUUUAAGGGACCUAACUUUAAGAUGCCGACCAUUUCUGGUCCAAAGUUAUCAAUGCCAGACCUGGAUUUGAACCUAAAAGGACCGAAACUGAAAGGGGACGUUAAUGUUUCUGUCCCGAAAGUUGAAGGUGAUGUUAAGGCUGCACACAUAGAUGUCAAAAGUCCGGACAUGGAUCUGAAAGCUUCUGAGGGACGUUUUAAAAUGCCCAAGUUUAAGUUGCCAAAGUUUAGUUUUAAAAGUCCAAAAGUUGAAUCUCCAGAUGCAGGUCUUAAUGUACCAAAAGGUGGAUUUGAAGUUAAAUCUCCCUCAGUUGACAUUGAGGGUGUUGAAGCUGAUUUGGGAAGUCCUGAUGGCAAAAUGAAGGGACCUAAAUUUAGGAUGCCAUCCAUUUCUGCACCAAAAAUUUCAAUGCCAGAUGUGGACCUGAACCUAAAAGCACCCAAACUGAAAGGAGACGUGGAUAUGUCUGUUCCAAAGGUAGAAGGUGACAUCAAGGUGCCAAAAGUUGGUAUUGAAGGCCCAGAUGUUGAUAUUGAAGGGCCAGAAUUUGAUGUUGAGGGUCCUGAUGGAAAAAUCAAGGGACCUAAAUUCAAAAUGCCAAAAAUUUCUGGGCCUAAGAUUUCACUGCCGGAUGUGGACUUCAACCUGAAAGGGCCAAAGCUGAAAGGAGAUAUGGAUGCAUCAUUACCGAAGGUGGAAGGUGAAAUCAAGGCUCCAAAAGUUGACAUUGAGGGCCCAGAUGUUGACAUUGAAGGUCCAGAAGGUGGAUUCAAAAUGCCCAAGAUCAAAAUGCCCAAAUUCGGCCUCAAAGGACCCAAAGUGGAGGGUCCCGAUGUUGAUGUAAACUUACCAAAAGCUGAUUUUGAUCUUAAAGGACCUAAAGUUGAUAUUGAAGGUCCAGAAUUUGAUGUUGAGGGUCCUGAUGGAAAAAUCAAGGGACCUAAAUUCAAAAUGCCAAAAAUUUCUGGGCCGAAUAUUAAUUUGCCUGACUUCAAUCUGAAAGGACCCAAAAUAGAAGGUGACCUGAAAGGACCAAAAGUAGAUAUCAGUGCUCCUGAAGUUGACAUUGGUGCUCCCGAUUUCAAUAUUAAAGGAGGAAAAGUCAAAGGACCCAAAAUAGAAAUGCCUAAGUUGUCUGGACCUAACAUCAAAAUCCCUGAUGUUGACUUCAACUUGAAAGGUCCAACGGUUGAAGGUGGAAUCAAAGGACCCGAGGUGAACUUUGAAGGGCCUGAUGUGCAAGGGCCAGAAGCUGGAAUAAAGCUGCCCAAAAUCAAAAUGCCUAAAUUUGGUGUAAAAGGUCCAAAAUUUGAGGGUCCUGAAGUUGAUGUUGGCAUGAAAACAGAUGUUAAACUCCCAGAAGCAGAUGUUAGCCUUGAUCUUCCUGACACUGAUGUUAAUAUCAAAGGAAAGAAAAGCAAAUUUAAAAUGCCAAAAAUAAAGGGGAAGGUAAAGAAGCCGGAUGUCGACAUAGGUCUCAAAUCUCCUGACAUAGAUUUGGAGACACACUCACCAGAUAUUCAUGUAAAAGGUCCUAAGGUAAAGAAGCCAUUAUUUGGGAUGCUGCAUUUCCCAGAUUUGGAGCUUGAUAUUAAAUCCCCCAAGAUUAAGGGUGAUGGGACUGUUUCAGAUUCCUUGAAAACUCCAAAUAUGGAUCUUCCAUCUGCUGGUGUCAAAGCUGACAUUAAAACUCCUGUUGUUGACAUACCAGAUGUUAAUGUUGAGGGUCCUGAUGUAAAAAUGAAAAAGUCCAAAAUCAAAAUGCCUAAAUUCAAUAUAUCAGGUCCUAAACUUAAAACUCCUGACAUUGACAUAAAAGGUCCUGGUCUUCAUGCACCUGAUGUAAAUGUUUGUGUGCCUGAUGUUGAUGUCAAAGGCCCUGAUAUGAAAGCUAAACUCAACCUUGAGGGACCAGAAGGAAAACUAAAGGGUCCCUCUUUAAACAUUGAAACAUCAAAAAUUGCAGCUCCUGAUUUGUCUUUGAAAGGAACUAAAGUAAAGGGAGACCUGGAUAUAUCUGGUGAAAUUAAAGGGCCAUCUGUGGAAGGACCAGAUAUAAACCUCGAAGGCCCUGAUGGUAAGAUGAAGGGCCCUACAUUUAAGAUACCAACUGUUGACAUAAAGGCUCCUAAAAUUUCUGGCCCUGAAUUUGAUUUGAAAAAACCCAAAAUUAAAGGUGAUAUUGAUGUUUCAAGUGAAAUCAAAGGUCCAAAGGUUAAUGUUGAGGGGCCAGAUGUAGAAUUUGUUGGACUUGAUGGAAAGGCUAAAGGCCCCACAGUUAAAAUGCCUACUAUAUCUGGUCCAGGAAUUUCUGUACCAGAUGUGGACCUCAAGCUGAAAGGUCCAAAAGUAAAAGGAGAUGUGGAUAUGCCCCUUCCAGCAGUCAGAGGUGACGUGAAGUCACCAAAAGUUGAGAUUGAGGGUCCAGCUAUUGACACUGAAGGUGGAUUCAAGAUUCCUAAGAUAAAAAUGCCCAAAUUCGCUCUGAAAGGACCUAAUGUUGAAAGUCCUAAUGUUGACAUCAACUUAAAAACAGCUGACAUUGGCAUCAAAGGGCCUGAAGUUGAUAUCGAAGGUCCAGGACUUCAUGUUGAGGGUCCUGAAGGAAACAUCAAAGGACCUAAAUUGAAGAUGCCAUCCACUUCUGUGUCAAUGCCUGGUGUAGAUUUUAACUUGAAAGCGCCGAAAGUUUCUGAAGGGGAUCUUAAUGUCAAAGCUGAGGCAGGGGAGCAUGCAGAAAUGUCAUCAGUCACCAUUCCAAAAAUCAAAGUUCCAAAGUUUGGAAUUGCUCUGCCCAAACUUGAAGGGCCAGAAGUAGGAGUAGAUAUUGGUUCAGGUGGGGCAGUUGGUGGAGGGUCUGUUAGCAUGCAGGCCUCUGGAGCUAGCACCACCUUAAGCUCUCAAAGUCUUGAAUUGGAGGGUCCUGAGGUUAAAACUGGUGGUGGAAAAACAAAAGUCAAGUUGCCCAAGUUGUUUGGCAAGUCAAAAAGCAAGGGCGGUAGUGCAGCAGACCUGAGUCUUCAGGGACCGAGUGUGGAAGUGUCUGGUAGUGGUGGUGGUGUAAAAGGUUCCAAAGGGCUGAGUGUAAGUUCUGGCGAAUUGCCUGGCAAGAGUGCAAUUGAGGGAGGUCCUGGCAUCAGUGUGUCACCUAAAACCAAGUCUGCAUCGCUAGAUCUGUUCAAAAAAUCCCGACAUCGAUCUUCCUCCUUGAGUGACGAGGGAGGACUGGCUUCCCCUUCCUCCCCCAGUGGUCAUCUCCAAGCAGAGGGGGGAGCCUCCCUGGAGGGUGGGGAGGUUAAGGUCAAGGGUAAAAAAGGAAAGCUGAAGUUUGGCACGUUUGGUGGCUUUGGCUCCAAGUCGAAAGGCUCAUAUGAAGUGUCCCUGGGUGAAGAAGCUGAAGCUCAGGUAGAGGGAAGUGGUGGAGUUUCUUUGCCCUCCAAGAAGUCCCGGGUAUCUUCAUCAUCCAGUGGUGAUAGUGCGGCUAAGGGAGGUUUUCGUUUUCCACGUGUCGAACUUUCAGUGUCACCUAAGAAAUAAUCUAAUGAGCCAUGUCUCCAUCCCCUUCUUUUCCUAGCCAUUUUCUUCAUUCUAUCUAUAUGACUUGGUCCAUCUCCAGCCCUGACUCUUAUAAAUUUUAAGUUUAAACAACAACUUGAUUUUCAAAAUGUACAUCUCCAGUACACUGAUGCACUGCUAGGGAAGCGCAAAGGUAAUUUAAAAGACACUGGAGUAAAUUUUGUAGUUUUGAAAAUCAUCCUUUAAGUGUAAAUAAGAAAUUGAACCUGUUUUGUAUUUUUUUUGUACAUAAUCACGUUUGUUUAGCGUAUCCUGUCUUAGACACAGUGCCUUAAGUACAAAUGUUAAUAGUAAAGGAAUUCUUCAAAUCUUUUAAAACUUUUGGUAGUAGGCGUGCUAUUUUUUAUCUUAAAAAUGUAAUAGAAAUGAGGAAUUUCAAAGUCUGCAAAAGUUCAUGAUUCAAAAUGUUUAAUAAAGGAUUGUGUAUACUUUAUACUCAUUAAUCAGAAAACAGCUGUUAUUGAUAUAUAUUUUAACAAAAGAUUUAUUUGCUUUUGUUUUGGAGCUUAAACAUAUUAUAAUCAGUGCUGCAGAAAUGUAUACUUCUCAUUGAUCUGACCUUUUUACAUUUUCCAUAGAAUCAAACGUCAUUGCUGGUAGAGACCAUAACUGCAGUAAGCAUCAAUGUAUUUGUAUAAGUUAUAAUGAACUGCUGUUUUGACCUGAGUUACACUAGAAUACUGCCCAAAUCCUUAUUGGUAGCUGCUUCAUAAUAUACUUUAACCAAUUUAGCUGAAUACAGAGUGUACAGCUGCAGUCAAAAGUAGAGCAAAAGCAGAUUCUUUGGGUGCACUGUUACGCAGAAGAAAAUGGCAGUAUCCUGUUGUGACAGAAAGGUGGCUUCAAUGAUCAUUUGUAUUGUAUAUUUUUUGUAUCGUGAGGAAAAAUACACAUUUCCCUUUUAUAAUUUGCCUUUUUUGGCUAAGAAAUUGACAGCAUAUCAUAGCUCCCAUUGUCUCUGUUUCAUAAUACUUGGUCUUAUUGUAAUGCCUACUGAGAAAUUGUCAAAUGUGAUAAAAUCCUGACGCGAUGACAAUGGUUAGCCAAACUUGCAUGGAUUUGCAGUUUGAGUGAAUCUGUUUUGUAAUUAUUGUCCCUGGCUUGCAACCUUAACUCCACAUCUGAGCACCUUAACAUGUUGAGCUAAAUAUUUCUCUCUCUCUCUCUCUCCCUCGGUAAAUAGGUAUGUUGAUAUAUGGUGAUGGAGGAGUUGGGGCUUUGCUAGCUGUUGUGACAAAAGGGUCACGCUGUAAUGCCACUGAUGCUUAAUGACUUUUCUAUAAUGGUCUUUUAAGUCAUUACAUUAGCCUUGGGGAAAAAUAUGUGAAAAGAAAUGGUAUUUUCUAACAUCCUUUGGUGUAUUUAGUGACAUUGGGAUCUAGAUGCGUCUGUUUUUGUUUCUUGCUGGUAUGUAUUUUUUUUUCAUUUUGUUAAUGUUCUGUUUCAACUACAAAACAAACCACAAAUAAACUGUUCAAUUAACCUUAA